GUGCACCGCUGUGGGACAAUCCGGUGCUAGCUACCAGCUAACUUAGCUAGCUAGCCAGCUAACUUGUUAGCAACUGGCUGUGUCCCAAACCCUCGACAUAACACGCUAAAUGUUUGUUUGUUGACACGUAAGGUUUCGUACAUAACAAUCAGUCUGAUAUAACGUUACUGUCAAUGUAACAUCCGAGGUGCAAGUUUUAGAUAAGUUGUUAGCCAAGACAAGAUAGACAGUAAUGUCUAGUUGACCGGACUCAAUCGCAAUGUUUCCUAUAUCCACCAAAAUAAAAGAGCAAUUUGUGCACGUUUACAAUUUCCAGAAAUGGAAGUAUACCUAAAUAAAAUAAAUGUAUGUAAAUUAGUUAGGAUCUAAUGAUAGAAUUACAUUUAAAUUAUAUUGAAAUGUGUCUCUGAAUGUUUCAAAAUGUGCUUAUAUGUAAGGCUUGCAUUAGAGGUGCCUGUGAGUAGGUUAACAGUAGGGUUAUAUAGAUACACAGUAAUAAGCUAAUUUUAAGAUUUUCCUGUGUUAUUUAGGUGACUUACUCUGCUAUCGCACCUACUGUAAAUAAUUAUUCAAUUAUUUAUUUAGAAAUCAGAGACUUCUAACAGUGAGCCAUAGGGUGCAGUGUCUACAGGUAUUGAUACCAGCGAAACAACUUUGGGUAAAAGCUUAUGCAUGAUUUUAUGGGAAACUUGGUUUCCAAUAAAAACCAGGCGAAGAGAGCUGUUACUAUUAUUGUUAUUAUUUAAGGAACCACUCAACUUGAAUAAAACGAUUAUUUUGAAGGUUACAUUGCAAUACUUCCGCUUUCUAUUUGAUUCGUACUGUUUAACUUGACGCAAAAAAAAGGCAGCAAGCAGCUAUCGAUGGGAGGCUGGUGCUCAGGGGAACCAACCAGAGUUGACGGUGUUAGCAUAGCCAACAUAUCCUGCUAGGGAGUCAUCUGCUGUUGUAGGUUUGCCAGUAUGCUAAUAGGGGCAGCUUAACCGCAACACACUGCAGCAAGUCUCCUGUCUGACUCAGUAGAGGUCCAGCCGAGCUGAACUCCGCUGAGCCAUGCGGCAGUGGUGUGUCCCCGCUGCGACCCCUCGCACUGAACCACUCCCGGGGCGCCUGUCUGUGUCACCCCCUCCAUCAGAUGCCAGGAUGGAGUGCUGUGAGGUGGAGCCACGCUACACCAUCGAACAGAUCGACCUUCUGCAGCGCCUGCGUCUGUCUGGUAUGACCAAACCUCAGAUUGUUCACGCCUUGGAGUCGCUGGAGAGGCUCGACCCAGACCACCGCCCAUCACACUGUGACUCUCAACCUGCCCCAUCCAACAACACCCCCACCACGGCCGCUCCAGCCCCAUCCUCUUCAUCAUCCUCUUCCUCGUCCUCGCUCUCCCUAGCCUCUGCUACCACACAGACUUCUGGCCUGGAUGGUGCCGCUCUGUCCCCCAGCAAUAGCUACGAGGCCUCACCCCCACCCCUCUACCCUCCCAGUGUGGCAGUUCAACGCUCAUUCAGCUAUGACAUGAUGGGAGAGGAGGAGUGGGACCUGGAGGAGAAGGUGGAGGAGUAUAUGAGGAGGGACAGCAACCUGGUGAAAGAAGAGAUCAAAAGUUUCCUCAACAAUCGCAGGAUCUCUCAGGCAAUUGUAGGCCAAGUUACAGGCAUCAGCCAGAGUUACAUCUCCCAGUGGCUGCUGCAGCAGGGCCUGGAGAUGAGCGACUCCAAACGUAGAGCUUUCUACCGCUGGUACCUGCUGGAGAGAAAUAACCCAGGGCUGAGGUGGAGUGAAAGCCAGCACAGCGUGAGCCCCAUGCCCAGGGCCAGGGGAGGGGACAGAGACGGGACGGUAGCUGGGGCAAGCGGCAGCCUCCCCAACAUCCUCCCCAACCCCAACACCAACCUCAACCCCAACCCAGUGUGGAGCAGGCAGAGAGAGCUGCUGAUGCACUUGCUGCCGUGGUACACAGCUGCUGCAGCAGCCGCCCAGGCCCAGCCAGGGGCCACCUUAUCAAUGCGGUCUUUGGUGAAGGAGGAACCUGACUGGAGGACAGGGAUCAUGGCCGGCGACAGAGCAGGGAUGGUGAGCGGGCCUCUGAGGCUGCGUAGAGGAAGCAGGUUCACCUGGAGGAAGGAGUGCCAAUCAAUCAUGGAGAGUUUCUUCAUGGAGAACCAGUACCCGGAUGAAGCAAAGCGAGAGGAGAUAGCCAACGCCUGUAACUCUGUCAUUCAGAAACCAGGCUGUAAGCUAUCUGAGUUUGAGAGAGUCACGGCAUUGAAGGUGUACAACUGGUUUGCCAACCGUCGGAAGGAGAUGAAGAGAAGAGCCAAUAUCGAAGCUGCCAUUUUGGAAAGCCAUGGAAUUGAGGUGCCAAGUCCAAGCUGCCACUCAAAUGGUGAAGAGGGAGAGCUGCAUGAGUUCGGCGAUCAGGUGACUCAUCGGUUCUCAGAACAAGUAAGUCAGGAAGAGACAUCAUCCCUCAGGAUUGUUGACCAACAAGACCCCUCCUCGUUGGCUACUACAGAAGUUGCAGCCAUGCCGAGCCCCGGCCCUCAGGUCCUGGAUCAGAAAGAGGAGGAUUCAAAAAGGGAGACUGUGGAUGAAGAGUGACUAAAGUUGGUGGAGUCUAGAUCAUCAUGUUUGAAUUUUAAUCAGAUGAAAUAGGAAAACAAUAAUCAUCUCCUUCUCCACCCAUGGAGGGCCUUUGGGGCCUGUGGCACCCAAAACUCAAAGGGAGAAGGGUGCUGAAGCUCGCUGAGGUGCCUCUGAUGGUAAGGAGGCCACUGUAUUUAUCAACUGUAAUCCUGCUUAUAUUAAUGGCAAUAUACAGUAUAUAUAUCAAUAUAUAGUGCAUUCCAAGAUGGUAUUAAAAAGCCUAAAUUCCUUAGAGGGAGAAUUAUGUAAAGGAUACCUCACCCAUUUUAAGCUAAGUCUUUUUCCUUUGCUACAUGCCUUCCUUUAGCCUUUUCAAAGAGUUGCUGUUUGAUGGACUGUGCUGUAAUGAGGGUACUGAGCCUGCGGGUCAGGUGUGUUCGGGCGUGGGGAUAAAGUACGACAUCAAGGAUUUAGUUUAUGGUGAUACGAAAGCCCUCUUGAAUGUGUUUGACUCCAUCUGGUUUGUAAGACUCAGUUCAGUCAGUUGAUCAGUCAGCGAGUGUGUUCGCUGUCAAAUCAGUAAAGCCCUGAGGGACAACUGGAAUCUCAGGUAAUCCCAAAAAAUGAUGGAUAAAGACGGUGAAGAGAUAACAUAUGCUUUUGUUUUCUUCAUCUUAACUGUGUUUAACCAAAACAGGAUGUGUUAUUUAUACCUUUUUAUAUUAUCAAAACAAGCAUAGGAGAAUAUAUCACACUAUCUUUGUCAUCUGUCUUCUUUGUUAUACCGAAUGCUGCUGUUUGGUCGUUUUUGUAUUCUAUUCUCAUUUCAAAGCCUGUCUCAAUCCUCAACUCAGACAGUGAAGCUGGACUGGUAACACAAGUCUACUCAGAGAUUUUCUUUUUUUUUUUUGAUUCUUUUGUUUUUAAAUGUGAUCAAAACCAAUCAUAAUGCAUUGUUCUACCUACUACAAGCACCUUCUCUCUCAUUGAAGUAAGCUAAAGCUUAAUCUCAUGUAAGUUUGUAUGACUGCAAAGCUGCACUUCUAAGUGGCUCUCACUCUAAUCAGUACUGUACCUGCAGUAGACAUGUACAUAACCCAGAGAAUAUACACAUCUAUGGGUGCUUUCCUUCAAAUUACAUUAGCACUAUAGAAACUGUUACUUGUCAAACUUGAAAUAUUAAUAGCUGAAUUAAACUCUGCAUUACUCAGCCCCAUAUAUUUACUGGCCCAAGGCCUCCAGGAGUGACAUCCUCAACGUUCAUGAAAUGGACAAAGUCGCUUGUUCUCAAGUGGCCCUCAAGAGGGCGCUACCAUGUUACCUCCUAAUGCCAAAGCUAUGCCAAGGUAAAGAUGAGCUACAGAGUAAACGGGACAUGACACAGUCACGACACUAUAGAUAUACAGUACAUAGAUGUUUAUUUGCUCAGUACAACACUAGCCAACACUAGCUUACCUCAGAAUAACUCUGUGUCAUGAAUGUGACAGCAGCCAUUGUUGUGACUGUUUAUGAUACGGACAGUUUUAUGUAGCAUUUACGGCGGUGGGGUUCACCCUGUAUUGAUAACUUAUACUCAACUCAGACAGUCCUCUCAUCCAGCUCUGGACAGGAACCUGACAGCUGCACGCUGUUUCUGGUUAUUAUGCUCCUCUCUAUCUGCUUUUAUCUGAUGACGAGAAGACAACAGUAAUAAAAUUGUCAACAACG